AUGGAUUAUGAUUCCCUAUAUAAAUUGAUUCCAAAAGAACCAAAAAAGUGGUUGACUCAAGAUGUAGUAAAUUGGUUGAAAUUUAUAGGUCUUGGACAGAUGGAAGCCAGAUUCGUCGAAAGUUCAAUAGAUGGUUCCGUACUGGAGGACUUGACUGAAAAGGACUUGGAAGAGGAAUUGGGAGUGACCUAGCGAAUACUUAGGAGAAAAUUGUUAAAUUGGGUGAAUCAUGGGUUAAAAGAAUAUAGUGAAUAUGUUAAGCAGCUUAAGUCAUCCAGUCUUAACAAUAAACGAUAAUAGGACGAAGAUUUUACGAUUCAAAAAAAUAAUGCGAAUUAUCAGUUUGAGCAGAUGUUACUAGAAAAUCAGGAUAACAAUAAUAAUCAUCACAAUGAUCAGUUUGUAAGUUAAGUUGCUAGAAUUGAGGAUCAAGCACUCAAAUAGGAAAUAACAACAAAUAACAAAUUUGAGCAUCAAUUGAUACUCUAGCCAAUAGAAGGCUAGCAAUCGAAUUUUUAUUGCGUUAGAGAAACAGGAGCAAAAAUAGGAAGACACUCUAGUAAUUAGAUCCUAAUCUUAGAGGAGAACAUCAGUAGAUUCCAUGCUGAAAUUAUAUUUCAAGAUCAUAUGUUCGCUCUCAAAGAUGUUGGAAGCACUACAGGAACAUUUAUUAAAAUACUUAAAAGUCUAACUUUGAAAACUGGGAUGUUAAUUGAAUUGGGCAGCAAUUAAUUUCAGGUAUUAAGUAUUGACCAAAAGGAUAAUGGAGGACUUGAAUUUUCUCUUCAGGUAAUAGAAGGACCAAACCUAGAAGAUACAAUUGUUAUCUAGUUAAAUAAAGAUAAGCAAUCAGUUACAUUAGGUAGAAAAUCCACUGCCGAUAUUUCAUUUCCAGAGGAUCAUCAUCUAUCAAAUCAACAUGCUAAAUUCUAUUUAUAAGUAGAUUCUAGUAUUUAACUAGAAGAUCACGGAUCAACAAACGGAUCAUGGUUGAGAUUGUCUGGAGAAGGAAAAAUGAGUAAUUUGUAUUAUCUGGAACCAGUUGAGGAGGCUGUUAUAAGAAUUGGAACGACAAAUCAAUAUAUAUGUUAAUAGAAUAAGAUGAAGGUUAAUGAAAUACAAGGGGAAAAUCUUUGCAUAAUUUGUUUUGAAAGAGAGAGGGAUUGUUUGAUCUUGCCUUGUAAACAUAAUGCUACCUGUUUAAAAUGUUGUAAGAAUCUCUCUGUUUGUCCACUUUGUAGAGUUAAAAUCUUAGAAACUAUUAGAAUAUAUAAAAAUUGA